AUGUCAUUGAUAGAAAUGAGGAAACCAAGCGUUGUUAUGAAGUUGGGAACAUGGAGAGGUGUACAUAGGUCAAUUUUUAUGUUGGGUAGUUUUGUUGUUCUCAUCUCUAUUUUUACCUUAUCAUCCAAAUUCUACUCUCUCAAAUCAUUUCAUGUUACUGAUACUAUCUGCAAUUAUGUAAAUACUGAUAGUCAAAGCAGGAUUGACAGUCAUGUAAAAGUGACUCUUGAAACUGUGAUUCAGAAACUCAAACAGGAACUUAACAACUUCAGAGAUUCAACAACAGAUGCGUCAUCGUCUGGUCAUUUGUUGAAGCACAGUUCUUUUCUUGCUGAUAUUUUGGGGCUAAUUGAGUCGGUGGAUGAAACUCUGGUGCAGAAUGAAGGGACGACUCAGAACUCGAGCAAUGAUGUCAAGGAUAUCCAUCCUCUGCUAAAACCAAAGCAACAGUCCGAUGAGCCUGCAGACGAUUUUCUGAUAGAAGAGAUCCGGAAGUAUGUCAAGAUCAAGCCAAACAGAUUGGGGAAGCAGAAUUUCAUGGGAGCUAAUGGCACUUUCACUAGCAUUGGCCAUGCUUGCUUUGCUAUGAAGAAAGAGCUAGAAGAAUACAUGAACUAUGACAUUGGAGAUAUCUGCAAUGACGAUUGGAAGCUAGCUCAGAAGCUCAUGGUUCAUGGAUGUGAUCCACUUCCAAGGAGGAGGUGCUUCUCUGUAGCCCCGAAGAUAUACAGCAAGCCAUUCCCAAUUCAUGAGUCCUUGUGGAAGCUCCCGGACAACAGAAAUGUCCGGUGGAGUCAGUAUCGCUGCAAGAACUUUACUUGCCUUGCAAGCAAUUCCGCUCCCAAAGGGUUCUUCAAAUGUGCAGAUUGCUUCAAUCUGUCACAUCAUGAAAUGCCUAGAUGGAUGCAACAUGUAAAUGUAGAUUCAAGUAUGAAUCUGACUGCAGAUUUUCUCAUUCCUGAAGUGCUUCAAAUCAAGCCGGGGGAGAUCAGAAUCGGACUUGAUUUUAGCGUAGGCACCGGGACUUUUGCAGCUAGGAUGAGGGAGUUCAAUGUCACCAUUGUCUCGGCAAUCAUCAAUCUUGGGGCACCUUUCAAUGAAAUGAUAGCUCUUCGUGGACUCGUCCCUCUUUACUUGACAAUCAAUCAAAGGCUGCCAUUUUUCGACAACACUCUGGAUUUGAUCCACACCACAAGGUUUCUUGAUGGCUGGAUUGAUUUUGUGCUGCUAGACUUUGUUCUGUAUGAUUGGGAUAGAGUCUUGAGGCCUGGGGGUUUGCUAUGGAUUGAUAGCUUCUUCUGUGUGAAGGAAGAUUUGAAUGACUAUUUGGAGUCCCUGAAGAUGCUGAGAUACAAAAAGCACAAAUGGGUUGUUGUUCCAAAGAUUGACAAAGAUGAUGACAAAGAGGUUUUCUUUUCUGCUGUGCUAGAAAAGCCUCCUAGACCGUUCCGGUAA